AUGUUCUCAACACCUCUAAGAUCACUCGCCUCUUCGGCAUCUCGAAUACCAGCCCUAAAACGAGCGUCUAUACCUCCAUCUUCUCGAUACGCAUCUUCAUCCUCCUCUUCCAAAUCAUCCAAACCAUCCACUCAGACUUCCCCUUUACCGAAAGAUGACUGGACACUCCCUCACAUCCAUGUCGGUCCUACCCACCCCUCCCGUUACUCUCAACACUACCACAACACCCUAUCAUCCGAUCUAAUGUAUAUGACCUAUUCCCACCGACUCGCUCAGAAACCACCUAAACCCGAACCUGUCCAACCUCCUCAAACGGCCUAUGAGGCCAAUAGACCCAGACCACCUAUCAUGCGUGGUAACCGAGCCUUACGAACCAAAACCACUCAGAUCGAUGUGGAUAACGUACCGAAAUUGGAGUCAGUUAUAAUUCACACGAUGGUCAAAGAGGCUAUAGCGAAUAAAUCAACUUUAUUAUCUGCCAUUAUGGCUUUACGGGCCAUAUCUGGUGAAACACCCAAUGGAGGUGGAAAGAAGGGAUCAUCAGGUGUAGAAGUGAUAGUAGCCAAGAAAUCAGCUGCAGCAUGGAAACUUAGAGCUGGAAUGCCAGUUUCGGUUAAAGUUGAAUUGAAAGGAGACGCCAUGUACGACUUCAUCCAAUCUCUUGUGGACUUUGUCCUACCCCGAUUGAGAGAUUUCCCAGGUAUACCACUCCCUCCUUCUUCGACUCCUAAGAAUUCGCCCGCAAGUUUGACGGGAAUAGUAUCGUUCGGAUUCAACCCUACCACCAUGUCUUUCUUCCCUCAAAUCGAAUCGAAUACCGACGCAUACCCUAGAUUACACGGUUUCCAUGUAUACUUUAAGACUAGUUUGAGGGGAGAGAAUGCCCACGAACAUGCUAGAACGCUGGUUAGUGGAUUUAGGAUACCGUUCCAUAGGAGGUAA